UGGGACGUUGCCUCGUCAUCAGCCACCGGUCACUUGUACGCUGCUCCGUCCUCCUCCUCACUUUAGUCUUCACCUUCUCUCUCUCUCUCUCUCUUUCACACACACACACACACAAACAGAGUUGUUCGAUGAACUGAUCGAUCAUUAUCUGAGGUUCAAUUUCAUCAUUUAUUUAUUUUAUUUUCUUCCAGGGGUGUAUAUUUUUAUGCGAUUCUUAGUGUUUUGUUCGUUUUAUGAUCAAUUGUUGUUGUGUUGUGUAGUAUUUGCUUCCUGAGAAAAUGGAGGAAAGCGAUUUUUGGAAAUAUAGGCCUUGGUUUUGCUUGUUCUGUUUGAUCAGUAGGAAACUGAGAACAUAAGAGGCUUAAUUUAUUACUUGAGUUUGAAUUUUGAAUAAUUUCCGAUUUUGGUGCUCCCAUUCAAAGAAUUUAAUUAAAGACCAAAAUCCCGUGUUUCCUUUUCUGUUCUUUUGGUUCUCUGCAAUCAAACAGAGUGAUUAGAUAUAACCUUACAGUCUAGUUGAUGAUGUGAACAUAGCCAAAUAGAGUUUUUGGAUGUGAAGUCCACGGAGUUAUCGAUCAACUGAACAGAGAAUGAUUAUUUGAUUAUUGACACUAGAGUCUAGAGAUGUACAUAAACUAGUAUAGAUGAUAGUUUUUGGAUGUCAAGUCCACCGAGUUACUUGACACUUGCUAGGUCGCCGGUGGAGCAGCGGGGUACUAUUAUAUCGAUCACUAUAAAUACAUCUAUUAUGUUGUAAGGCAAGAGAUGGCUGCUUCAUUAUGAGCUUCAGCGAGAGAAUCAAGAUAUGUUGCUAUGUCAUUUGAAAGUUAGACACUCCAAAUUGUUGACCAUUGUUUACAGUAAUCAUGUCAUUUGAAAGUUAGACACUUCAUAUUGAUGACCAUUGUUUACGGUAAUCAUCCCUCACAUGGAGUCUAUGCAAACUUGCAAGGGUCAGCCGAUAGCCGGGACCCAUGAUGUGUUCUUAAGUGUUACAUUCAUAUUUCAAAUACCAAAUGCAAUACUGAAGAUCAAUGAGGCUUGAAAUCGUUAAUAUCUGAGAAGGCACAUUGUCGAAUUAUCUGUAUCUACCUUCUAUUGUCUAGCAUACAUAUCUAUGGGAAUGAAUACAUGUGUAUAUAAGUGUUUUAUCCUCAAUAGCACUUAUUAUAUACACAUGUUUAUAGAAGAUAAUCAGAUAUAAUACUGUACCACGAUUUUAUACAUAUUGAUGGUAAUACUAGAGACUGAGUUAAGCCGAAAUUAACAUUGAACCAAUACUAAGAAAGUAUAUGAAAGUUUUAGAAAAUGUGGUCCUAGAUAGAGCACAAUGGAUAAAUAUGAUUCAUGUGACUGAGUGUAAAUAGUUGGGCUUGGGACAGAGGCUUCAUUGAGUUGGAUGAAAUCAUGUAUGAAGAACGCAUCUUGUCACAGGUAGUUGUUGCGUAUCUUUGGGAGGAGUUUGAACUUGCUUGUUUGAAUACAUUAUCUUGGUAUUAGGCAUAAAAACAUGUGACUACUGAAGGAUGUCCUCAUAUCGGGUUUUUUGAGAAAAGUUGUGCUGCAUGUCCUUUAUUAAUUUCUUUCUAGGAAAGAAUGAAACAAAGAUUGAAUAUAAGCAUAAAAGUAUGUCAAAAACUGGCAGAAUAUAGAGCCCCACUCUGGUGUUUCAAUUAAGUUAUCUGCUAGACAAAUUUAUGACCAACAUGAGCUAAAUGCUACGUCUGCUAGAUUGUUUCCUUUUGCUUUGCAGGGUGAAGUAGAGUGCAUUUCCCAAAUGGUCAGUGGUUGAAUGGGUUACAUCAGCGUUUGGCUGCUGCUUUUGUGAAAUAUAUUAAUUACCAAAUUGCUACUCAAUGGGGGGAGUUUGUUCAAGAAAGCGAGACCAACUUGUCAAUGAAGAUAUCAUAGAUAGAGUUGUUUCUGGAAAAUAUUGCAAAAGUGGAAGUUCGAAGUGGUUGGGAGCCUCAUUUUCUCGGGCAGCUGUGGAUAUUGAACAGGGAAAAAGGAAAUGCCCUUCUCUCAUGGAACUGUGCAUUUAUAAGAUUCGUGAGGACUUAAAUAAAUACAGUACCUUUUCUAUGUUGCCAAGGGAUAUAAGUCAGCAGAUCUUUGAUGAUUUGGUCUAUUCCCAAUGUCUGGCUGAUGUUACUCUUGAAGCUUUUCAAGAUUGUGCUCUGCAGGAUCUUAGUUUGGGCGAAUACCCAGGAGUUGAUGACUUUUGGAUGGAUUUUGUCUCUUCACAAGGAUCAUCUUUACUUUUGGUGGAUAUUUCAGGGUCUGCUGUUACUGAUUCUGGGUUGAUUCAUCUCCGAGAUUGCACAAAUCUACAGGACUUAAAUUUAAAUUUUUGUGGACGGAUUUCAGACCAGGGGCUGGAACACAUCAGUGGUCUAUCUAACUUGACAGCUCUGAGUUUUAGAAGAAAUAAUGCAAUUAUGGCCCAAGGAAUGAGUGUUUUCUCAGGCCUAGUUAGCUUGGUAAAGUUGGAUCUAGAAAGAUGUACAAAGAUACAUGGUGGUCUUAUUCAUCUUAAAGGCCUAACAAAGCUCGAGUCUCUUAACAUCAACUGUUGUAAUUGCAUAACAGACGCGGAUAUGAAGCCUCUUGCAGGGCUUACAAACUUGAAAAGCUUACAAAUUUCCUCCAGCAAGGUUACAGAUUAUGGUGUCACUUUUUUUAAAGCUCUGCACAAGCUUGCUUUAUUGAACAUGGAGGGUUGCCCUGUUACCACCAAAUGCUUGGAGUCUCUUUCAGCUCUGGAUGAGCUGUUAUUUUUGAAUCUAAGCAGAUGUAAUUUUUCCGAUUAUGGUGGUGAGAAGUUUGCAAGAUUGUGUACUUUGAAAGUGUUGAACUUGGGAUUCAAUGAAAUCUCAGAUGCUGUUUUGGUGAACCUAAGAGGUUUAACAAAUUUGGAGAGCUUGAACCUGGAUUCAUGUCGGAUUAGUGAUGAAGGGCUGGUUAACUUGACAGGCCUUCAGAAUUUGAAAUAUUUGGAGUUGUCUGAUACUGAAGUUGGAAGCAAUGGACUGCAUUAUCUUUCUGGUUUGGGUAAGCUGGAGAGUUUGAAUCUGUCGUUCACUGUUGUUACUGAUGGUGGUUUAAGAAAGUUGUCUGGAUUAUCAUCUCUGAAAUCACUUAAUUUGGAUGCUCGCCACAUUACGGACUCUGGGCUUGCAGCUCUUACGAGUUUGACUGGAUUGACCCACUUGGAUCUUUUUGGGGCUCGUAUUACAGAUUCUGGAACCGGCUAUUUGCGAAGUUUUAAGAACCUGCGGUCCCUGGAAAUUUGUGGUGGAGGAUUAACUGAUGCUGGUGUGAAGAAUAUUAAAGAUCUUUCAUGUUUGACGCUGUUGAAUCUUUCCCAAAACAACCACCUGACUGACAAAGCUUUGGAGUCAAUUUCUGGGUUGACACAGUUGGUCUCUUUAAACGUUUCAAACUCUCGCAUAACCAGUGCCGGGUUGCAGCAUCUGAAGAAACUGAAGAACUUGAAAUCGCUGACCUUAGAGUCAUGCAAGGUGACUGCAAAUGAUAUAAGGAAGCUUCAGUUGGCUGACCUCCCAAAUUUGGUAAACUUUCGGCCUGAAUAAAUUUUGGGAAGAAGAUACUUCUAAAUAGCUUAGUCAGCAUGAAGUGCUGUGGUAUACAGCAAGGCAAGGCAUUUGUUGUAUUGUUGUAGAUAUGGUAUUUACAUUAUUUUGGUAGGGAGGAAGUUCUCUACGCUGCAUGUGAAGCUUUCUUUCGUAUUGUCACUUGCAUACGGAGAAAAUGUAAAUAAGCUUCCUUGGCGAGAUCCCUAAACGCAUCCCAGUUGCUGUGUUAUGUAUAUAUAUGUAUAUGCUGGCAGGAUGUGCAUUCCUUUGAGGAUUUGUGAACAUUUAUGUACAUACUACUUAUGCUACGCCAAAGGUUCUGGAGUCUUGAGAAGCUUCCAUUCGAAACCUUGUGAAUAAAUUCUUUACUGCAUUUCGUAGUGCUUGAAUGUUCUUUCCUUUUGUGUUCACAAU